AUGGAGUUACAUUUUGCGACCGUCUGCUUUCCGAUGGGCUCCCUUAUCGGAUCCCUACUACGCUAUCGGCAUCUUGUUGGUAGCUUGGUAUAUCUUGUUGUUACACGCUCCCGACAUUUCUCAUGCUGUGCACAUUCUCGUCCGGUGUUUGUUGCGGCUCUCACCUCGUCUCAUUAUGGACAUCUUCUUCGAUCUUCACGAUAUCUUCGUAGCAGCAUGCCUCGUGGUUUGUUCUAUUCACACCAGCCCUCUCUUGACCCACAGCCUGAUCUCGAUGCUACUUGGGCCAGCCCCAUGAUGAUCGGGUCUUUGUCAUCAGCUCAUUACAAGAGGUGCUUUUGGAUUCGCUCGAUUCCUGAGGAUUUUGGUGUACCGAUCCAUUCUCCUAUUCCUAUUUUACUGCGCGAUGCGACGGAGCCCUUCAGAUUACGCUACGAUCCGGUCAAGCAUGAGUCGACCAAACACAUUGGUGUGGAUGCCCACUUCACUGCGUUGUCAUGUCCGAGCUCAUACGCUGUCCCUCCAUUAUCUUCCCACGAGGUUCUAGCCAUGUGGGAACAUUGA